CAUGGGAAUUGGGAAAAGGCCCAACUUUAUAAGCGAAUCAAGGUUUCGAUGCUUCAUCCAUCCAUGGCUGCCUAUAUAGAUCGCCUCCUUCCUCACCCUUCCUCUUCUCACUCCACUCUCCUUCUCCUCUACCCCGUCAAAAUUGCGAACAAAGUUCGAAUCUUUGAGCGACCAUCUGCCUCUUCGAGUCUCUUCGCUUCUCCCGUCGAUUCAGGACGCAUCGACGCCAACCUAGAGUUUUAGGGCACUGGGUGAGUACGUCCUCUACUGGAAGCUCGCAUUGUUUUACCACUGUUUGGAUCCUGUUGCUUCUUUCUCCUAAUUUUGAGUUCAGGAGAUAAAUUUGCGAGAUGAUGGCCAAAUCGUGGAUGGAAGUUCUUCCUCCAGCGUCGGCACUGUGCUUCCCCUGCACAAGUUGCUUCCUUGUCGAGGGGAGGAAUUGGGGCGAGCUCUCGAAUGGAAACUGGACCCGGGAAGAGAAUAAGCUUUUCGAGAAAGCCCUGGCCGAGUUCGACAAGGACACACCUGACCGCUGGGAAAAAGUGGCGGUGUAUAUCCCAGGCAAGUCCACAACGGACGUGGAGAGACACUACAGGGAUUUGUUGAAGGAUGUGAGCGAGAUAGAAGCUGGGCGGUUUCACUGUCCUAGCUACGACUCUUCUUCUUUUGCACUGGACUGGGACAGCAAUUGCGACUUCAAAGCUGUCAAGCAACUUUAUUCAAUCAGCAGGAAGAAGUCAGGGGUGCAUAUCAGCGGGAAGAAGUCAGGGCUGCGCGCGGCAGAUCAGGAGAGGAAAAAAGGAGUCCCUUGGACUGAAGAGGAGCACAAGCUAUUCUUGCUUGGACUUAAAAUGUAUGGCAAAGGGGAUUGGCGAAAUAUUUCCCAUAAUUUUGUGGUUACCAGGACACCUACUCAGGUAGCUAGUCAUGCCCAAAAGUACUUCAUCCGGUUACAUUCAGGUAGCAAAGAUAAGAGGAGAGCCAGCAUACAUGAUAUUACUACCGCCAAUUUACCAGAUAACAGAUCUUCCUCUCCAUCUCAGUCAUCUUCCCUUAGCAAUCCGUUAAGCUCAACUUCUACACCCAUGUUGCCAAGUUCCUACUCAUCUAUCCUAGACAUAAAUCAGCCCCAUCAAGUAAUUGGUUUUUUAGGUGCAUCAAUGCAAAUGAGACGAUCACUUGGUGGAGUAAGUCCUUAUCAGAUGGCAACUGAAGCCCAUGCAUCUCCAAAUGGAACUUUUCACGAUCCUAUGGUGCACGACAAUAAUCUGCUACACCAAAUGAUACCAAACCAUAUUCACCUACAUGAUUGAGAUUAUUUGUAUACAAGGAUCAAAUGUACAUGUUCACUUGGGAUCAGAAAGUGAGGGCAACUGCAUCCUGGAAUUGGGAAGAUGCAAACGAAUGCUGAGUUUUUUUACCCCAUAAUCUAGGGAGAGUUCAUGGAUGUAUGCUCAUGCCACUCUUCUCUCUCUUUUCAUUCUUCCUCAGUUAUAAUAUGUCAGUAUAAAGUAUAAAAAUAAAUAUUGUACAUGUAGCAAGACACUUGCCUCUGUACUUUGUGUUAUAUACUUCAAUAAUAUAUGAUCUGCACAGUAAGAAGCGCAUUGUUUAUGUGAUGUGUCAAAGGAAUUUAACUUUCAUAAUCAGUGUCCAAAUGUGAAAACAGUUAGAAUUAAUGCUCAAAUAUGGAAUCUAUUUUAUUGAUUGUACAGUAUAUAUGCCUUACAAAUUACAAGGGGAGAGACUAAUGCUUCUGUUCAUAUUAGGUUCAUUUCUCGUCACAUCAUAUGCUUCUGACUCUUUACAAAAUCAGGUGCAAGCUUGUAUGCAAUCUAUCUUGCACUGCCUGAGAUCAAUCAAUACUCAGAAGUGACUGCAGUACUUCAGGGACAGUUUCGUUACAAAUUAAGUUUGUUGGAAGGUGAAAGAGAUGGACAAUGUGCUAGAGUUACAAAAUGGUAUCAUUUCAGGGUGAAACUUUUGUCAUGACAAGAAACAGUUGCACUGGGGAUCAGAAACAGACAGAAUUGUCAUUCUCUUCAAGACUUACAGACCUGUGUAACCUUGGAAGAUAAUCAUAGGAAGUUUAAGAUGAUCGUAAGCAUUUCUGAAGUUGCAGAAAUUGUUCCGUCCAGCUGUGGAUGGAAAGCGCCUACCGCAAGCAAAUGAGAAAGAUGUGUCUUUUUCAUCAUAAUUGUUGUCAUCAUCGAGCCUAUUAGUUUCAACUAUUUGGAGCCAGCUACAAUUCUAUUCCUCCAUUGAACCAGUGGAAGGGCGUCAAGUUAUCACCCAGGGACCUACGGUUCGAUCCCCAGCUACGGUGCAUUUGCAAGGAUUUUUCCUCCAAAUGGGGUGCACAGCCACCGAAUACUGGGGUUUUAGGUUGCCCGCCAUGAGUGUUUUCCAAUUUACUUUGGCGGGCAGUGGGAACUUUCAGUGUUACUUGGUUCAUCAUUUUUUUUGCUUCCACUGUUGCUAUUGCUGAAACAAGCAUUGAUGCCAUGGCUGCAACUACGAGCAACUGUUAGUGUCCGAAACCUCUGGCCCCACAACCUGGGAAGCAAAUGUAGAAGCAGCGGCAAAUGGACAUACUCAAGAGCACUUGUGCAAGGUAGAUGACAUCACACUGCACCUUCACUUGGCAACGUACUGGAAACUUUUCUGCAAGUGGUAUGAAGGCUUUAGUUUCGAUUAGGACAGGAUACAUGGUGCUAAACCUUUAUAUGUUCUUUUCUUCUUCGGGCAGAAGUUUUUCUCCCAACUGUUUCAAGGGUUAGAAUCAACACUGAUCAUCGAGUGACCCCCCACCAAAUUCUUCCCGUGAUGUCACUUCUUGGAGAAAAACGACUAGACUAGCAACGUCGCCAUCACUGAUUUUCAAGGAGACUAAUGAUUGGCAAUUCCUGCCUAGUAGCUCAAGGUUCUGGGGUGUAACUCAGAAAUCUGUCAUGUAGAAAUUUGAGCUUUCUUCCAAGAAUAAUGUUGUGACUUGUGAGGUUUCUGCAAAUUACAAAUGAGAAUCAGUAACCAGCAGGAAGAUCAUUAUGAAACAAGCAUUAUGGGUGAAAGUUGUAGUGAAUUACAUAGUAAAAGAGCCUUGGCUUUGCAACUUUCAUCAGAUUAGCUAUAUUGAACGUAAAGAUGCUUUGAUCUGCCAAAUUUUGCA